GACACGCACAUCUUCGGGGGCGGGGAGGUGACGAGCCCCAGCACCGCCCCUCGGCGCGAGCGGCGAGCCGGGAGGUAACCAGUGCCGCAGCCAUGGAGUCCAUGCUUAAUAAAUUGAAGAGUACUGUUACAAAAGUAACAGCUGAUGUCACUAGCGCUGUUAUGGGAAAUCCUGUCACUAGAGAAUUUGAUGUUGGUCGACACAUUGCCAGUGGUGGCAAUGGGCUAGCUUGGAAGAUUUUUAAUGGCACAAAGAAGUCAACGAAACAGGAAGUGGCUGUUUUUGUCUUUGAUAAAAAACUGAUUGACAAAUAUCAAAAAUUUGAAAAGGAUCAAAUCAUUGAUUCUCUAAAACGAGGAGUCCAACAGUUAACUCGGUUACGACACCCUCGUCUUCUUACUGUCCAGCAUCCUUUAGAAGAGUCAAGGGAUUGUUUGGCAUUUUGUACAGAACCCAUUUUUGCCAGUUUAGCCAAUGUUCUUGGUAACUGGGAAAAUUUGCCCUCUACAAUAUCUCCAGACAUUAAAGAUUAUAAACUUUAUGAUGUGGAAACUAAGUAUGGUUUGCUUCAGGUUUCUGAAGGAUUGUCAUUUUUGCAUAGCAGUGUGAAAAUGGUUCAUGGAAAUAUUGCUCCUGAAAAUAUAAUUUUGAAUAAAAGCGGAGCCUGGAAAAUAAUGGGUUUUGAUUUUUGUGUGUCAUCUACCAAUCCUUCUGAACAAGAGCCUAAGUUUCCUUGUAAAGAAUGGGACCCAAAUUUACCAUCUUUGUGUCUUCCAAAUCCUGAAUACUUAGCUCCUGAGUACAUACUUUCUGUUAGCUGUGAAACAGCGAGCGAUAUGUAUUCUCUAGGAACUGUUAUAUAUGCUGUGUUUAAUAAAGGGAAACCUAUAUUUGAAGUCAACAAGCAAGAUAUUUAUAAGAGUUUCAGUAGGCAGUUGGAUCAGCUGAGUCGUUUAGGACCUAGCUCCCUUGCAAGGAUACCCGAGGAAGUCCGUGAACAUGUGAAGCUGCUAUUAAAUGUAACUCCAACCGUGAGACCAGAUGCAGAUCAAAUGACAAAAAUCCCCUUCUUUGAUGAUGUUGGUGCAGUGACCCUUCAAUAUUUUGAUACCUUAUUCCAAAGAGAUAAUCUUCAAAAAUCUCAGUUUUUCAAAGGACUACCAAAGGUUCUACCAAAGCUGCCCAAGCGUGUCAUCGUGCAAAGAAUUUUGCCUUGUUUGACUUCAGAAUUUGUAAACCCUGACAUGGUACCUUUUGUUUUGCCUAAUGUUUUACUGAUUGCUGAGGAAUGUACCAAAGAAGAAUACGUCAAAUUAAUUCUCCCUGAACUUGGUCCUGUAUUUAAGCAGCAGGAGCCAAUCCAGGCUAGCAACAUGAUUUUGUUAAUUUUCCUACAAAAGAUGGAUUUGCUAUUGACCAAAACUCCUCCUGAUGAGAUAAAGAACAGCGUCCUACCAAUGGUCUACCGAGCACUGGAAGCUCCUUCCAUUCAGAUCCAGGAGCUCUGUCUAAACAUCAUUCCAACUUUUGCAAAUCUUAUAGACUACCCAUCCAUGAAAAAUGCUUUGAUACCAAGAAUUAAAAAUGCCUGUCUACAAACAUCUUCCCUUGCCGUCCGUGUGAAUUCAUUAGUCUGCUUAGGAAAGAUUUUGGAAUACUUGGAUAAGUGGUUUGUACUUGAUGAUAUCCUGCCCUUUUUGCAACAAAUUCCAUCCAAGGAACCUGCAGUCCUCAUGGGAAUUUUAGGGAUUUAUAAAUGUACUUUUACUCAUAAGAAGUUGGGGAUCACCAAAGAACAGCUGGCUGGAAAAGUGUUGCCUCAUCUCAUUCCAUUGAGUAUAGAAAACAAUCUGAAUCUCAAUCAGUUCAAUUCUUUCAUUUCCGUCAUAAAAGAGAUGCUCAGCAGACUGGAGUCUGAACACAAAACUAAACUGGAACAACUUCAUAUAAUGCAGGAACAGCAGAAAUCUUUAGACAUAGGGAAUCAAAUGAAUGCUUCUGAGGAGACAAAAGUUAUUCAUGCUGGGUGUCAGCAGAUUGAUAAGGUUUUUAAUAACAUUGGAGCAGACCUGCUGACUGGUGGUGAAUCAGAAAAUAAGGAAGAUGGGUUACAAAGUAAACAUAAAAAAGCAUCACUAACUCUUGAAGAAAAGCAAAAACUAGCCAAAGAGCAGGAGCAAGCACAGAAGUUGAAAAGCCAGCAGCCUCUUAAGCCGCAGGUACACACACCCAUAGCACCGGUCAAGCAGACUAAGGACUUGACAGAUACAUUAAUGGAUAACAUGUCAUCAUUGACCAGCCUUUCUGUUAGCACUCCUAAACUUCCUGCUUCAAGUACCUUCACUUCUGUUCCUCCCACAAGCCUUGGCAUGAUGUUUUCUACACCAAUUGAUAAUACAAAGAGAAAUUUGGCAAACGGACUAAAUGCCAACCUGGGCUUCCAGACUUCAGGAUCCAGCAUGCCAGCUAAUACAAACCAGCCCUUCUUUUGUAGUGCAAGCGCACCUGGCGUGACCAAGAUGACUCUGGGAGCAAAUCCCUCUUUGCCAAACUUCAGUGCUUUGAGUAUUCCCCCUGUUGGCAUGAAGACCCAACAAAGACCCACAGAUAUGUCUGCCCUUAAUAAUCUCUUUGGCCCUCAGAAACCCAAAGUUAGCAUGAACCAGCUCUCACAACAGAAACCAAAUCAGUGGCUUAAUCAGUUUGUGCCUCCUCAAGGUCCUGCAGGCAUGAGCAGUUCGGCAGUGGGAACACAGGCAAAUAUGAUGGGACAGUCCACCUUUGGUAUGCAGGGUAACCCUUUCUUUAACCCACAGAACUUUGCACAGCCACCAACUACUAUGAACAGUAGCAGUUCAGCUAGCAAUGACUUAAAAGAUCUUUUUGGGUGAGGUGUCCUACUGCUCAUUUGGAAGGGUCACUUCAGUUUUAAUCAUGGGUAAGCUGAUUUACAUCUUUGUAUGGUUGGCUUGAAGAAACUGCUAUGGGAGAUAGAAUGUUUCUGUGACAGGGAACACCUGCUAACAUUCAGCCAGCAUAGUAGUUAUAUGGACUCCUAACCAGUUCAAUUUUUUAAAACCUUGAGGAUUUUUUUCCUCUUACAAGCGCCUCUUCAGGUUUUUAAAGAUCAAAUCCUUAACAAUCUCAAAGAGAAAAAGAAUACCUGAGCUAUCUUGAGUAACAAUUUUUAAAUCAGAUGUUUAUUUUGGCUUGUAAAUCUUGCUGUCAAGAAAAUUGAGUUGGUGAUAAGUGCAAGCUCACCGGUCCCGCGAUGUGGUACACAGCCUAUCCUCAUGUGUUGCUGCUGAUCUUCAUUUUAGUAUGUGAAAAAUCUUGAUGCUGUAUUAAUUUCUGUGCAUUUAGUGUGAUUAGGUGAGAAGGAUACAUGAAGAGAAGAGCAGGUCAUGUGCUUUUUCUUUUUCAGAUGAACUUAAUAUUUAGUGCAAAGGACUGAGCAAAUGCUGCACAAUGUAACAUAUGUUGAUUUCAUUGAUUUAAAAGGCGUUACUGUCUAUCUUCAAUGCAGACUAAUCAUUGUAGAUUUUAUUGUAGCAUGAUCUGCAUCAAACAGCACUGUAUUUUUCUUGGCUCUAUUUAGAAUCAGUUUUUUCCUACUGAGUCACAGAAGUGGCUGUGAUUUCCCACAUGCCUUCAGGUUUCAUGAAUUCAAACUUCCAAGGUUGCCGCUCAUAGGAAUUUCAUUUUCAAAAGAUUUGUAAAAAUUAAGCUAUAUUUAAUGAGUAAACUUUGGAGAUUUCUGCUGUAUUGUUUCAAAUGUAAUAAACUUCUCUAAAACAGA